AUGAUGAACGGUUAUUAUAACUAUAAUGACGGCGGAUUAAAUGAAGCACGUGGACGUAUCAGUCAAAUGAGUGUUGAAGAGUUAAAAAAAUUAAUGAAUAGUGAUGAAGAAGUAACAAAACUUGUAUUAAGUCUAUCUGAAACUCAACAAAUGAACACAAUUAAAGAAAGUUUAAAAGAUACUAUAAAACGUUUAGCCUUAUCUAAUCUUGAUAAAGAACCAAUACUUAUUCAUGAAAAACAAAAACUCGCUCAAUUACAUGAUGAACUUCGUAAAAUUCGAGAAAAAUAUGAUAGUAUUCGAGGAAAAUAUGAUGAUCAAACUGGUGAAACAAAUCCAGAUAUGAUUUAUGUAUUAUUACAAACAGCUGCAUCGGAUCUUGAACGAGCAACAGAACAAACUGCUGAAGAUUUUUUUUAUGGUGAAAAAACAGAAGAAGAAGUCACAGAUUUCGAACGUCGUUUUAUUGAAGAUCGAAAACGAGCACAUGAACUGAAAAUAACAGCUGAAAAAUUUCAUGAAUUAAUGCAAAUGUCCCAAGCAACAAGUUAUUUAAGUUCCAAUCAAUAUAUGCGUACUAGUGGAUAUUAA